AUGGCCGAAGACCAACAAAUUGUUCCAUACAUUCAACAAGAAUUGCGUGAUUAUGAUGAUGCUUUAGAACCCGGUUAUCGCUUUUGUCCAACCGACUCGGAGCUCAUCAUCUACUACCUUAAACGAAAGAUUGAAUUAGGCGAACAACCCAGAUGUCGGAUAUACGAUGUUCAUGUUUAUAGCCACCACCCUAACGAACUUACAGAACGUUACCGGUCGUGUGAAGGCAUAUGGUACUUUUUUACAAUGAGAGAGCGAAAACACCAGACGGGGACACGAGUGAAUAGAAGAACCAAGGACUUUGGGUAUUGGAAGUCGACCCAGAAAGAUACGAAGAUGACGGAUUGGGUAUUGUGUAAGAUAUACAAGAAACAUUCAACCCAAAGUGUUAAUCAUAACAAUCAGCCGGAUCAACAAGUUCAGAACACAAGGAAUCAAGAGGAGGCAAUUCAACAACAAAACCAAAUAAAUCAACCUGCAAAGAGACCAAAAGUGUCGACAAAUUCCGAAAUAAAUCAACCAAGCGAACGAGUUCAACAUCAUGAAACUAUUAAUAAUUUGGGAUCUAUGUUUCAAUCAAACCAUCAAUCUGUUAUUCACAACAAUGUGAUGGGUGCUCAAGCAUUGCGUAUUGGUCAUGACCAACGUGAGGGAUCAAACACCAAUCCCACACUAAUCACCAUGCAAUCGUCGGCUACAUUUCAAGACCCUAAUCAAGAACAAGUUCAAUCUUUUACCGGGAGCUCAACGUGUGAACAUUACGAUCAGAAUCAAUGUAUGUCAGCUUCAACAAACGUUCAUAACACCUACCAAGAAGAUAGUCAAACACUAGUCAACAUGCAAGGUGGUUAUAAUCGAUCCAUGGAGGAGACUGCUACUGAUGACAAUCUUUGGGACCUACUAGACUAUGAGGAAUUAUUGUCACUUCUUGAAGACGAAGAUGGCCACACGAUGAAUUAA